AUGUCUUCUCCCACAAAACUUUCUCAGCUGCUUACCUCGACUACUACUACUACUGCUACUUCCUCCUCUUCCCCUUCGACCAUCUCUCCCAGCUCAUACUUUGCCUCGCUCACUCGCAAGCGCCAACAGAAGAAAAUGAGUAUCACACAGACAUACUACCUCGCCCACACCGCCCGCAAGAAGCUUACCCGAGAGGCUUCCCGGGCGGACCACAAUUUACGCCUCCUCGUCGGCCACGCCAAUCUCCUCGACACUCUCAUGAUCGAUCUGGCCGAUGCCGAACAGGAGCAGGAGCGCUGGUUCAACCAGACAGUCAGCGGAGCCACCAAGGGCUCGUACCGCCAGGAAUCUCAGCACAUCCAAUGGGCCGAGGCACUAGUUGAGGAGCCCGAGGAGGAAGACUGGGACCCAGAAGAUCUCUCCGACGCCGAUUCAGAUGUCAGCGAGGAGGACUCGGACAUGGAGGAGGACUACGCUCCCGUCGUGCGACGACGAGCACCAUCUCCCGUCGCCAUCGUCACCGAGACUGAGCUCGAGGACUAUGAUUCCGACUCCGACUCCGACUCCGAGUUCGAGUACGAUGAUGAGGAGGAUCUGGAUGAGCUUGCCCUCACCCGAUCACCAUCACGACAAACCCCGCCAGAGCUGUCACACGACGAGGACGACUCUGAAGACGACAGCAUGCCCCCCUCACCACCACAGCUGCUCCUCGAAUCAUUCGACGAGAAGCAAGCACACGCUACCGAGAUCUCUCUCGGUGAUUCAGACUUCGAAACCCGGUAUUACGCACAACAAGCGCGGCAACCGAUCAUUGAAGCAUGCUGA